AUGGCUCAAGACGUCGACGAUUCCGACCGCUUCGUCGACGUCUACAAAGGGAUCGUGUUCGACACGCGCGACCUCGCAUUCGUCGUCGACAACGUUCCCCGUCCUAUGGUCGGCUGCCCGUUCACUCGGUACAAGCUCGAAGUUGUCGAAUCGUACCUGGAGACCGACGACUCGAUGCGCGAUGGCACCUUCUCGUUCGAGCUCAGCUCGCUCCCGCCAGGCUAUCGCGAGCUCCGUACGACGCUGUACACUCUCAUCAACCCGAAGACCGCGUCGUUGUGCCUGGUCGACGAGGACAUUCGUCAAGACCAAGACCUUGCGGCGGCCGCUUCGACUCUCUCGGAACUGGCAUCAUGUCUCCGCUAUCUGCGCGCGAUCUACAUCCCCACUAUCCGCGGUUCUCGUAGGAUAUCCAGACGCGGGGGCAAGGCGGAGGAAGCUUUGACGCUUGGACUGGGGAGGAAAGGCGAAGGAGCGCCACCUGCGGAGAUUAUCCGCGAAGACCCCUUCGAGCGCGCGUACGCGCUGCGCUGGCUGACAGCCGUCGUCGCGCACAUUGGCUCGCUAGACAUAGAAGACAUAAACGCAGCCCAACUUGGCACUGUCAUAGAAGACAUGGAAAUAGACCGAGCCGGCGCCGUCGAGGUCGUCGUUAGGGACGCUGCCGCCCUCCUCGCCGUGCUCUCCGGAACCGCCGGCGCUGGUGUGAUCACCCGUCACCUCAAGUUCGGCUUGGACGACGUGAUCGACGUUCAGCUCACGGACGCACCCCUGGACAACGGCGCGUACGAGAGCGUCGGUGCCCAGACGUGGGGCGGCGCGUACGUGCUGGCGGAGAUGAUCGUCGAAGAGCCGGGGCGGUUCCUGCCAGAUUGGUAUUUAGAUGGGCGUAACGCCCAUUCCACCCCUUUGCGGGUCUUAGAGCUCGGAGCUGGGACGGGGCUCGUCAGCCUCGCUUUGGGCAAGUGUUUAGACAGACAUCGCCGGCAUAAGCUCGAUGAUGUCCACACAGACGCCACGAUCCUUGCGACAGACUUCUAUCCGUCCGUUCUGCAGAACCUUCAGAGGAACAUCGACGCCAACUUCCCUUACCGCGUUGCUGGCGGUUCCGCAUCAACUUCUGGUCCCGCGCCGCCGGCGCGCGUUUCCUCACGUUUCCUCGACUGGUCCCAACCUCCGCCCGCUCCAUAUGAAGCAGGCACGAAUGGGUAUGAUACAACCGGCAUCGAGGCUGCGGACCCGUUCUCGCGCCGGUUCGACAUGAUACUAGGUGCCGACAUCAUCUAUGAAGCGCAGCACGCGUCCUGGAUCCGGACCUGCGUAGAACGGAUGUUGGCGAAACCAUCUUUACACCGGGGAAGUUCCGGGCACGACGGCUUGGACCUUUCCGGAAGGGGAGGAGGCAGAUUUCACCUCGUCAUCCCCUUGCGGGCGACGCACGAUGCCGAAUCGCGCACGGUCGAAGAAGCUUUCGCGUUCGCGCCCCGCGUCCGGACGCCACCUACGUCCCCGGACGACCUCGAACUCCGGAUCUUAUCCAAACAGGCCAUCCUAUGCGAAGGAGGCGAGAAGCGCGGGGACGACGAAGUGGAAUACGCUUACUACACAAUCGGAUGGUGUUGA